AUGAUGGAAGAAAUUACGACGCGCCCCAGUGUCGAAUACAUCCCUCCUCUACCUCCGAAAGGAAAGCCGAGAGGAUCGACAACCUACACACAAAUUACAAACGACGAACAUAAUAUGAACACAAACGGAUUCACCGCCACCAAUCUCCGGAUGGACUCGAUAAGUUCGAUGCACUCUCUCGUCCUUAAUUCUAAGACUCCAUCUGCAACGGUAUUCGUAGCGGCAACCCCGUCAGAACGACCAGCGAGUACGCCUAGUACGGACGCUCUUAACGGCCCACAUGUGGUCACAAUCAAAAUAAACACAGAUUCAGAAAAACCUAAGGCACCUAAAAUAUCGAGUGUACAUCUUAAGAGUGACGUUGACUUCGAUCCGUUUAAAAUUCAAGAUAUUUGCAAGAAAAAUAACAGCCUCGUCAGAAUCAAUGUUGAAGAAAGUGGACCGAAAAUUCUCGAGAACGUAGAAUCUUUGAAGACGGAUAAAGCACCUUACAUAUACUGUAACUCCUUCGUCAAUUCGAUGACGAAUAUGGUAAUGUCGAGCGGUCAGUGCUCGCCGAGUGAUACACUAGAUUCUGGCACCUGCAGCGACCUUGACGGAACGCCACCACCUUUACCGAAAAAGAAGACUACAAAAUCUAGUUCAAAAAAGAAAGCUGUUUCUGUAACACUAAUCAGCUCAACAAAUGGAAGUGGUCUAAGUGAAGUGGACUUCGAAGACAACGAUUCAAAUAUAUCGUGCGAUUCUCUGAAUAGCAGCGAACUGAAUAUAAGUGUGCACGCGGAUGAAAGUCAUAGCGAAUAUAGUAAAAAAGAAACGAAACAGAGUAUGGAAUCACCGAGCGAGCCAGAGACGUAUAAUAAAGUGAACAAUAAAGACAGUAGCUUUCUACCUCAAGGUUUGCUGCAAGACAUAAGAGACCGUUCAGUAAAACUAAAUACAAUCGAAACUGAAAGUGAGUUGCACUCCGAGCCACACAAGGAAGCGAACCAGAAUAAUAAUGAGGAUGCUAAUAUUCCAAAAGAAAGCGCACAGCUCACUUCAUUCCGUCUAGUUUCUCAGGUUCAUAGAGAAACAAAAAAUACGACGGAAUCGCUUCCUGCAACUUUGUGUUCUAAAAUGCCUCUUAUUAAUGAGAGUACAUACGAGGAGCGAAAGCAGCAGAACAAGAUAAAACAAGAGCAAAUGUUUUAUAGUAGUCAUUAUUUUGAUACGGACAAGUUUUACGAUUUCCAUCUCAAUGAAAAACAAUUUGAUGAUGUGCAAAGUGUUAGUGUUGGUGCUAAGAGUGAUUGUGAAGUGUCUGAAGCGGAAUACUUUGCAGGCAUAAAGGAUUAUAAAAAUGAAGAGAUUCCGUCAACGAUCAAGAGCUCAAAAGGAACAAUAAGGGGCGUGAAGAACCGCGUACGAGCUGGCAUUGCAACCUUCUUGCAAAUACAGAGCACGACAAAGAGUUAUAAAGAAAAAGAUGCUGGCAAAGUGGUGCUAUAUACUACUACGAUGGGCAUCGUAAGGAACACGUACCAGCAGUGUGUCCUCGUGAAGAAAAUUCUCAGAAACUUACUGGUGAAGUAUGAGGAACGAGAUAUCUUCAUGAGUACAGAGUACCAGGACGAAAUUAGGGAUAGAAUGAGGAGUGACCAGAUCCUUGUGCCUCAGAUGUUCAUAGAUGGACAGCAUAUUGGGGAUGCUGACACUGUUGAGAAGUUGAACGAAAGCGGCGAGCUGAGAAAAAUGCUGAAACCUUAUAAGAGUCCAGAUGCGUGCAACACCUGUCAAAUGUGUGGCGGGUUCCGUCUUCUGCCGUGCAGAAUCUGCAAUGGAUCUAAGAAAAGCCUGCACAGGAACCACUUUACAGCAGAGUUUGUUGCUCUUAAGUGCAUGAACUGUGAUGAGGUUGGCUUGGUUAAGUGCGAAGCCUGCUGUUGA